AUGGCGCUCACGGCCACCGGCAUAGCGGGGAAGGCAAGCGAUCUGGACGAGUCACAGCACAAUGCGCGAUGUGACAACUCCCGCAGGGGACAGCAGCGAUUGGGGAUGGAUGGGAUGAGUGACGGUUCCAACGGCAGAAGGAGGCGGGCUGCAAGAGACAUCACAGCGACAGGGAGCAGUUCUGGGCUGUCAUUCGCGGAGAGGCAGCAGAUGGUAGCGCCGAGCAUGGGUUGGAAGAGGGCACGAGAGGGCACAAGAGGAGGCAGAGGAGGGGGAGCGACGGGCGCUAUCCGGGCAGGGCGCUUAGAGACCGACUCAGAGGGGCCGACGGGGAGCGCUACUACAGAACUUUCUAAUGGCUGUCAACCUUUCACGCUGUUUCUCAUUAUCACUCCCGAUUUCUCGACGACGUCCUCUCUGAAGCGCCGUGAUCCAGCUUGCAUGACAGGGGAAUCUGUAGGCGCAGGAAUACCUUUACGAGCCAUGAAGAUUGGCAUAACAAAGAACGUCGGGGCUUAG